AAAUGAUCUGGGUAUAGGAUUAGUUAGCAGUUUUGUUUUAGAUUAUAUUCACCUUGUGUGCUUGGGCGCAAUGCGCAAGUUAAUAUUUCUUUGGUUGAAGGGGCCGCAGAAAUCCAGGCAAGCUAUGCAUUUUUUUGUUGUAAUGUCUGCAUAUAUGGUGUCCAUCAGGCAAUAUAUACCUAGCAAUUUUGCAAGGAAACCACGAUCCAUGUUUGAAUUUGGUAAAUGGAAAGCUACAGAGGUUCGGCAAUUUUUACUUUACACUGGCCCUGUUGUUCUCCUCAAUAAUAUUCCCAGUAGAAUGUACAGAAACUUUUUACUUCUAUCUGUGUCUAUGAGAAUUCCUGCCUUAUGUUCUCCUGACAAUUUAGACUAUGCUGAGGAGAUUUUGAAACUCUUCGUAACAGAUUUUGCUGCAAUUUAUGGCAAUGAUUUUGUCAGCUAUAACAUGCAUUCAUUGAUCCACUUAGCUCAAGAUGCACGGAAAUUCGGCUCGUUAGAUAGUAUUUCAGCAUUUCCCUUCGAGACAUUUUUAGGUAAACUUAAAAAACUUGUCCGUCGGCCUCAAAACCCUGUCCAACAACUAGUCAGGCGGCUCCAUGAGAAACAGAAAGUGGCAAGCCAAAAGAGCACAUCAGUUUGCAGCCCACUUAAACAGCUCCACUUUUCUGGACCUAUGAUUAAUUCAACUGCAACAUGGGAUCAAUACAGGCGUUACAAUGAUGGACAGACAAUGAUCUCCUCCUCUCGUGGCGAUAACUGUUUUUCUGUGGGGGGAAGGGUUCUUAUUGUGCGGAACAUUUUGUCACAUUCUGGAACUGUUGAAGUCCUGUGUAAUUUCUUUGAAACUGACAAAAACUUUUUCAACUAUCCAAUGGACUCCUCACGUCUUGGAAUUCUUUUUGUUUUCAAUUUAUCUGAACACUUGCAGUUGUUACCUGUUGAGGAGUUAAAAACAAAAAUGGUUUUGUUGCCAUUCAAGACUGGAUACGUGGCAUUGCCACUCCUGCACUAGUGUGCUAUUUAUUUAUUUUUUAUUGUUCGUUUUGAUUUACCGAUUUGUUUUUGUAUUCACAUUUGCGAAAAAAAGUAUGUGAACCCUUUGGGAUUACUUGGAUUUCUGCAUUUUCACUAUUUCUCGCAACUGUAUGUAUUUUAUGUAUUUUUUUUUCUUUAAGCAUGUUGCCUUUCGCCAUAGUGGCAUUUGAAAAUAAUGGCGGAUUGGCAGUUAUUCCAACUAAAUGGUUUACCGGGGGUGAGGAGGACGAAUGUUGCUGGCCACCAGCCAAGAUCAACAUGGCAAAGGCGGUCGCAGAACAACUGGAGCCGCACACUGAUUGGGCAACAUUCAGGUUGACGGUCAAGAGAAAAGCCGCAACGUAUGGAGUUGCCCGCUCAAAAUUGGUUGAGUACGAGGAAAAUACAGAUGUCCUGACCGAGUCUGAUUCCGAGAACUUGGGAAAAGGACAGCGCAAAAGGAGGAAAGUCAUUUUUACAAGUGAGGAUGAGGAUGAUGACAGCCCCAUCGGACCUACCGCUCCAUCCAGCCUCAGGUCACCACCUACCGCUACAUCCAGCCUCGGGUCACCACCUACCGCUCCAUCCUACGCUACAUCCAGCCUCAGGUCACCACCUACCGCUCCAUCCUUCGCUACAUCCAGCCUCAGGUCACCACCUACCGCUCCAUCCAGCCUCAGGUCACCACCUACUGCUCCAUCCUACGCUACAUCCAGCCUCAGGUCACCACCUACCGCUCCAUCCUACGCUACAUCCAGCUUAAGGUCACUGCCUACCGCUCCAUCUCCAGUAAGAGACUCCAUGUUUGUGCGCAUCUUAACCCUCCUUGAGGAGGUGAAAGAAACAUAAAAGAUUCACGGGAGGAUACUGCAAACGCUGUUACAACAGCGUGGAACCACCGUCUCCACCGUCUCUUCUACCCCAGAGGGUUUCCCCUUAAAGACGGUUCAAGAUGUCAUGAACAUGGAGGAAAAACUGGCGAACACAAACGUCAUGUCUGAACUGGUCGCAGCUGUGGCUGACAUUGGGGGGGCAACUAUUGAUGAGGCCACAAGAAGGAUGAUGGCCUUCCUCCUAGACCACGGCCUGUCUAGGAAUUACAACCUUCUGGGCCGAAACGGGAAGAGGGUGUUUAAGGCCUUGAAGUUGUUUGAAGUGAUAUAUGGAGGCAUGAAGAAACACCAGAUGACCAGCAAUAUUACCCAUAAAGAUGCAGAGAAGGCCAUCUCUAAAUGGUUCAUUGGUUCUAGGGACCGGGGGGGUAAUCGACAGGUCCGACAGGCCACCCCUCAACAAAGACUUCAGACAUUUGAGGAACCAUAAUAUGGUGAAUACAAGUCCACUCACACUAGUGCGACAGGUUGCUAAUGAGCAGAUGCUGUCUCUUUGACAGCGCUGUUUUAUUUCCUAGCAGAUUUUGUAGAAAAUAAUUAUAAUAUCCAUAAGUAAGUUUAAUUUUGUGCAUAAUAGCUGAAAAAAAUGUUUUUAAUUAUUAUUUUUUCACUUAUAUAUGUCCAUAUUUCUAUUUCUAUAUU